AUUUAAAAAAAAAAGAAAAUAUAAAAAAAAAAAACAAAUAUAUAAAAACAAAGAAAACCUUAUAAAAAAAUUAAAAAAAAAACGAAAAUCUUAAAAAAAUAAAAAAGAAGACCUAAAAAUAAAACACUUAUAUAAGAAUGGAUGAAUUAACUACAGAACAAUUGGGCUAUUUCAAGGAGAUCUUUCAGCUUAUUAACAUUGAUGCGGAUAAUAGCAUCACUUAUAGGGAAUUGGAGGAUGUUUGCCACGCUAUCGGUGCCCAUCUGCACGAAGCCCAAGUGCAGUCCAUGAUCAACGAGGCGGACACCGAUGGCAAUGGAUCCAUCGAGUUCCAAGAGUUUGUCGAAGUGCUAUUGCUAAAGAUGACUCAACCUGCGCCUCCCGAUGAAUUGCGUGAUGCUUAUUAUAUAUUUGACAAGGACAAAAAUGGUUUCAUUGGCACCGCAGAGUUGCGUUCACUUUACAUCAGUUUGGGUUCGAAAAUGUCCGAUGAGGACAUCGAAGAUAUGAUUCGUGAAGCCGAUGAGGAUCAAGAUGGCGUAAUUUCCCUGGACGAGUUUAUCAACAUGAUGCCUCAAUCAUCUUAGUCUCAAAAUUCGAUGGCAUUAUUAUGUUUUCAUUCUAUGACGUGCAUUUAGAGUUGAUGUCUUAGUUGUUAUUGCAAUGUAAAAUUAAGAGAUUAGCUCUAAAUAUACGGCUUAAUAAACUCAA